AUGGCUUCUAAGCAUCCUUUGAGGCGGUCGUGCGCCUUCUGCCGCGCACGCAAGAUCAAAUGCUCUAAUGAGACCAUUUGCGAGGCGUGCCGUAGGCAAGGAGCUGACUGUAUCUAUGAUUUUGAGCCUCCAAGACCCAAAAUUCGCACAACCAGCCAAGACAGCUCUCGGUCGGAUUCGGCAAUUCGACCUGACGGAAGUUCUGGUCGACAAAGGGCAUCUACAGGAGGGGCUUCGCCAAACGGCAGCCCUGUGGGCACCAUCUCCGAGGAGCCUACUCCUCUAGAGGAGACUGACAACGUCGCUCGAGUGUUAGAACAGAAGUUUUAUGAGAACUUUUCUGCCGACAUAGGGCCACGGUCAAACCCAUGGCAGGAAAAGAUUGCAGCUUAUCACCGUUCUGUCCAAAACACAGUCAGAGAGCGUCCUGAAGCCAUGGCUGCCAAAUUCAACCCAAAAAAUGUCAAAUACACAGGCAUUCUGAAUUUACUAACUCACGACCUUGUCGGCCUUGUCACAGAUCAGUUUGGUGCCCUCGGAUGCCACCACGUUGAGGAUGGCGGAGCUCGGUUCUUUCUGUCUGGCCUGCUCAGCGACGAGACUCAGACCAUGUUUGACAACGCUCCUGUCGGUGGCAAUCCACUGUCGGAGUACGGCCAGAGGCAACAGACGCAGCUUAUAGACGUCUGGUUCUCCGUACAUCCUUUAUCAUUCCUUGUCUCCAAGACUCUUCUCCUGCGGGAAUUUCGCGAUGGAACACACGAUGAAAUCCUCCUUGCCGCCAUGUUGGCUGAUGCCAACUUCAGCAUCGGUGAUGAGGUCGCCGUGGCUCGUGGUCACGUUCUACUCCGUUGGGCCACCGCUCAACUACGAACACGACCCCUUCGAUCCAACCAAUUCACAUCAGGAGGCGGCGCACAAUAUAGCGGCAUCUCCACGAGGAUAUUUAGUGGCAUCUCCACGGCCCAAGCCCUGAUGCUCUUGGCUUGGAAUGCUUUAUGCUCCUUCCAGAUACGUCGGGCUACUUGCUACAUCGGCCUCGCAGGUCGAAUUGCAACCGAGAUUAAAGAGCAGAUUUCUAGUACGGCGGCCCCAAUGACUUCAAGUCGCAUCAACGGGAUUGAUGUAUUUGAUGUUGAGAAGGAAUUGGUCGCUUACCUCUAUUGGACAACUUACUCAUUGAGCCUUUGGGCCUUUAUCCAAAUGGGCAACGGCCACUUCUCAGGCCUUUUGCCAACAUCACUGACUUCUAUAUUUCUCCCUGUUACCGAAGCAUCCUCUGUUAUUAUCCAAUUGGACAUGGUGUCGGAAAAUUUCAGCACCUUGCAGAAACAGAAAUCUGUCAUCCGGGAAAUGUGGCCUCUCGCUCACAUUGCCAGCGUCAUUGCUUACAUCUUUGCUCUCUAUCCACAUGAUGCCGAUAUGACUGAGACCCCACAAACAGACUUUUGGCAAGAAGCACCUCUUCUUGCUCUACAACGUAUCCAGCAAGGCAAGCCUUCACAAGACGUGGGAUCAGUGUGCCGCGAAAUCAAUAGAGUCCUGAUGGAAAGCAUACACAUUCUCAACAGACAAGUUACCGAGAUUUCGUCAAGAAGUCUGGUCCUACUUGUCUAUCAUACUAUGGCAAUUCACUUUUUGUUUCCAACACUGCCACAGGGACAGCCUGACGAGGGCAUGCCAGCCGAAGUAGUGGAAAGAUUUUGUGUGUCAAGCCAGGAAAUCUUGCAGAUUUUUGGAAUGAUUGCAGAUCAACCACAGGACCUGUUUAGCGUCACACCAUCUUUACGUUCCUCCUUUCCCGACCUAUUUUGCCUCGCAUUGGACACCUGUGCACGCGCGCUUAGCCUCAUUCAUACCAAGAAGAAGAUGGGGGCUUUGCUCAUGGAACUACCAAUGAUGCAUGCUUAUGACAGCAACCUGCAAAUCAUUGCCAAGAAGCUGUACGCAGCGAGCCAAAAUGACUUCCUGAACCAAGGCAGGUCCUCAAGGACUGUGCGAAAGCAGCUCAGGGUCUGUGUGCGACUUUUCGUUGGUGGAUCCCGAUCUGGUUCCGCCUCUUCUGGAGUCUCAUCCCCUGAUGGCAGCAGCAGGUCUGGGAAUUCCAUGCCACAAUCCCCUCUUCAUAGCAGCCCACAAGUUAUUUCCGGACCCGAAUCAGACUGCACGUCAACAGCAACAACUGCCAUGAUCGACUCUACGUCUUCGUUCAUCUCGCCUAUGGACACAACGAGUCGCCAUCGUCCUAUGCAUCCAUCGAUGGCUCCGUCAGACUCUGGGAGGAGCUCUAUCCCCUACACGCCCGUGGAUGAACUCCACAAGCCUGAUUGGGCCGCCGCUGACGAGCUGUUCCACUCUGCCCUUGACCCAAGUGCUCUUGGUGUCUCUGGAGGAGACCAUCUCAGCAUCUCUGACCUGGUUGACAUGCAGACUGCUUGGUACCCACAAAUGCCGGGUGUGAUGGAUUUCGACAUAUCUGGACCCAUGUCUGGAGUACAAUGGGACUGGCCUGAAAUGGGGAUGGAGACGGCAACGGCUGGAUCCGACAUGGAUUCUGUCCUGUAUUACUUUGACAAUACGUCCAAUAAUAAGAGGCCGUGCUGA